CCGGACUGAGGCUGCCCGAGUGAGGCUCCCCAGGUUGCUCUGUCCACCAAUUCAUGAUUUUCUGCCGUUUCUUGGCAAAAAUGGCAACUAAUGGUGCUGUUCUGAAGAGACUGGAACAGAAGGGUGCAGAAGCAGAUCAAAUUAUUGACUAUUUAAAGCAGCAAGUUGCUCUUCUUAAGGAGAAAGCAAUUUUGCAGGCAACUUUGAGAGAAGAGAAGAAACUUCAAGUUGAAAAUGCUAAAUUAAAGAAAGAAAUUGAAGAAUUGAAACAAGAGCUAAUUCAGGCAGAAAUUCAAAAUGGAGUGAAACAAAUACCAUUUCCAUCUGGUACUCUGCUGCAAGCUAAUUCCACAGUUUCUGAAAAUGUGACUAGACCAAUAACAACUAUAACUUCUGGUGCCAAAGAACAGAUAGGAGGAGGAGCAGAAGAAAAGAAGAUGAAAGAGAAAAUUGAAGUGAAAGGCGAGAAAAAGGAGAAAAAACAGCAGUCAGUAGCAGGAAGCGCUGACUCUAAGCCAUUAGAUGUUUCUCGUCUGGAUCUUCGAGCUGGUUGUAUCAUCACUGCCAGAAAACACCCUGAUGCAGAUUCUUUAUAUGUGGAAGAAGUAGAUGUUGGAGAAACAGCCCCAAGAACAGUUGUCAGUGGCCUGGUGAAUCAUGUUCCUCUUGGACAGAUGCAAAAUCGGAUGGUGAUUUUACUUUGUAACCUGAAACCUGCAAAGAUGAGGGGAGUAAUAUCUCAAGCAAUGGUAAUGUGUGCUAGUUCACCUGAGAAGGUUGAAAUCUUGGCACCUCCUAAUGGGUCUGUUCCUGGAGACAGAAUUGUUUUUGAUGCUUUUCCUGGAGAACCUGACAAGGAGCUGAAUCCUAAGAAGAAGAUUUGGGAGCAGAUCCAGCCUGAUCUCUUUACUAAUGAUGAGUGUGUAGCUACAUACAAAGGAGCUCCCUUUCAGGUGAAAGGGAAGGGAGUGUGUAGGGCUCAAACUAUGACUAACAGUGGAAUAAAAUAAAAUACUUCAUUUACUGAACUACAUUGGAGAAAACUUUAAUAACAAUAAAAAGAAAUAUAUUUGUCACUUGUACCUAAAAAAAAAAGAAA